CCAAAUUAAACCACUCCAUCCCAUCCCUUCCUCCUCCAUACUCUAUCCCAUUCGUCUCAUCCCGAACCCAUCGGCUGAUCAAGCCAUGGCUCGAGCCUCAUUCGUCGCUGCGUGGGCUGCUCUCGUAGCCGUAGUAAUGGUCACCUGGGCGGUGGAGGCUGAUAUAGGUGUGAAUUGGGGAGAAAUGGCAUCGCACCCAUUGAACCCAAGCAUUGUGGUGAACUUGCUCAAGGACAAUGGGAUUAAAAAAGUGAAGCUGUUCGAUUCGGACUCGUGGACCGUGAGCUCCUUGGCUGGCUCCAAAAUUGAGACCAUGCUCGGCAUCCCUAACGACCAGCUCGCCAAAUUUGCGAAGAGCUACGGCGAUGCCAAGGAUUGGGUUAAGGAGAAUGUCACCGCUCACUUGUAUGAAGGUGGUGUCGAUAUCAGGUAUGUAAUCGUGGGAAAUGAACCAUUCUUGGCGGCCUACAACGGAAGCUUUACAAAACUCACAUUACCAGCCAUACAAAACAUACAAAAAGCUAUAAACGCCGCCGGUCUCGGCCAGAAAAUCAAAGUAACGACGGCGCUCAACGCCGACGUCUACGAGUCGCCUUCCAACCAGCCCUCCGACGGGCGAUUCCGAUCAGACAUUGCCGACCUUAUGAAAGACAUCGUCGAGUUCCUCACUAGCAACAAGGCUCCCUUCAUGGUCAACAUCUACCCCUUCCUCAGCCUCUACCUGAACCCCGACUUCCCGGUCGACUUUGCCUUCUUCGAUGGGGCCGGGAAGUCGAUCAACGACAAGGGAAAAACAUACAGCAAUGUUUUUGAUGCAAACUAUGACACACUUGUUUGGUCGUUGAAGAAGAUUGGGCUACCUGAUAUGAAGAUCAUUGUUGGUGAAGUUGGGUGGCCAACAGAGGGGAGUAACCAUGCAAAUGCAAAAUCCGCCCAAAAAUUUUAUGAUGGGCUGUUUAAGAAGCUGGCCGCCAAGAAGGGGACUCCAAUGAGGCCGGAUGAGAAGUUUGAAGUGUAUUUGUUUGGACUUUUAGAUGAGGAUAUGAAGAGCAUUCUCCCCGGGUUCUUCGAGCGCCAUUGGGGUAUUUUCAGAUAUGACGGGAAACCGAAGUUUCCAAUGGACAUCACGGGCCAAGGGAACGACAAGUGGCCAGUGGCGGCGAAGGGAGUUCAGUACUUGGAACACAAAUGGUGUGUGGUCAAGGACAGCGUCAAGAACUUGAGCAAAAUAGCUUACCUGAUUGACUUUGCUUGUUCACAGUCGGACUGCACAAGCUUGGUGUAUGGAUCUUCCUGCAACAACUUGAGCACAAGAGGGAACAUGUCUUAUGCUUAUAACAUGUAUUUCCAGGUUCAAGACCAGAGCGUCGAGGCUUGCGUUUUUGAUGGCUCCUCUCAAAUUGUCACCAAGAAUGCCUCUGUCGGCACUUGCUUGUUCCCGGUUCAGAUCGUCAGUGCCGCACAACGGUUGACGAUGGUGGCGGGUUUUCUCGGGACUGCUCUGGUUGGCCUUGUGUUGAGCCUGGUUGUUUAAGUGUAAGCACCAAUGAUCAGCAUGUGUUGGUAUAGAAAAUAUUUAGGUGAUUAUCUGUCAGCAACAUUGCUGACCGCCACUAAAAAAAAGAUAUGUUUUCAAAAAUUUAAAAAUUUAUCAAAUUUUUAUUGGUGGUGAGCAUGAAGAAUGUGCUGACCGAUAAACAUUUAAACAUUGUUCAUUCAAAUCUUUUUUAGAUAUAUAUACUUUAUAUAAAAAAUGAACCGCAGGAGAGAAAG